CGCGACUUUGGGUUGUACACCGCGUUGGCCUCAUCCGGCCAGGCUCUUUAGUAUGUUCUUCUGCGCCAUCUCUGGUGAAGUCCCCCAGGACCCGGUGGUCUCUGCGAAAUCCGGGCAUGUGUACGAGCGGCGUCUCAUUCAGAAGUAUAUCAACGAAAAUGGCACGGAUCCUGUGACAGGAGAGAAGUUGGAGGACUCCGACCUUAUUGCAGUCAAAGCUAGCCCUAAUGCUGCUCCGCCACGAGCACCCGCGCAGACGUCCAUUCCUGCCCUACUGCAGACCCUCCAAAAUGAAUGGGACGCGCUCGUGUUGGAGACCUUUGCUCUCAAACAACAAUACAACUCGACGCGUCAGGAGCUCAGUUACUCUUUAUACGCGCAAGAUGCAGCUACUCGUGUUGUAGCGCGGUUAAUGAAAGAGCGUGACGCUGCCAGGGACGCCCUUGCCAGCGUACAAGCCUCAAUGGGCAUUGCGCCGUCAGCGCCGUCAGGUGGAGACGUUGAGAUGGGCGAUGAGGGUGCAGGAGGCCUUCCAGCAGAUAUCGUGUCUCAGAUUGACGAGACCCACCAAACUCUGUCCGCCGCCCGCAAAAAGCGCAAGCCUCCCGCGAACUACGCCACUCCUGCUGAAGUCAAGACCUUCAAGGCUAAGCACACCAUUCCCUCUCUCCACUCUGCCUCCCCUGCUGGUGUGACUGCCUUGGCCGUUUCGCGUGUUGACCCCUCACACUUCCUCACUGGUGGUAACGAUAAAAUUGUUCAGCUCUAUGACAGAGAUACGGACAAGGUCUUGGCCACCCUCAAAGGUCACACCAAGAAGGUCAAUCAUGUCGCAUUCCGAGAGAAGGACGGCGAGCCUACGCUAUUGAUAUCUGGCGGAGCGGACAAGAUGGCGAAGAUCUGGUCACAUGACGCUACGUCUGGCGAGUAUUUGCCCAAGUCUACCAUCCGGUCUCACAAAGGCGAAAUUACUGGUCUGGCUGUACACCCCACGUCAACUAUCCUCGCCCUUGCUUCCCACGACAAGUCAUAUUCACUCCACGACUUGACCAACUUCAAGCAAGUUUACUUCUCCGCACCGGCGGAUGAACCUCUCACGUCGCUUUCCAUCCAUCCCGACGGCAUGCUUCUGGCAGUCGGCACGCCAGCAUCUACCAUCCAAAUAUACGAUAUACGGUCCGGCGGUAUUGCUGCUACACUCACGCCGGAGGGUAGCACACCGUUCACGGUACACACUACCAGCUUCUCUGAAAACGGAUACCACCUGCUUGCGCCAGACUCCUUGUCAUCCAUGGCUGUCUGGGACUUGCGUAAGCCUAGAAUUGCGCACUCGAUAGCCUUGGGCGAUGAUUUCAAGAUCAACAAGGUGACUUACGAUUACAGUGCUCAAUUGUUGGGUGUGGCAGGGAGCGAGGGUGCGCGGGUAUAUGCACACAAGUCAUGGGAGGAGCUUGUCAGGUUUGAGGAGGGCGGCGAGGUAUCCGACAUUGUCUUCGGCCACCAAGGCAAAGAGAUAUGGGGGGUCACAGGAAGAGAGGUGCGGGUUUGGGGAUCUACUGACGAGAGCAUGGAGACUGCUUAGUUGUAGAAAUUCUUUUUUUGUCCAUCUCUGUACUACGAAAAGACGUUCUAUCGAGCGCACGCAAGGGAGUCUACUGCCAGACCCAUAAUCUGAAGCAGCUAGUCUUGCAUUCUUUAGCUUAUCGCUGAAAUCACCAGCGGCAGUCUUCAUCGCUUUCAAUUGUGGGCCAUGUAGUAUCAUCAAAG